UUUUAGGUCUGCAGCACCGUAACUUUGGAAAAGUUAGAUUGCUAUUUAGUUUAACAAUGCUGCCAGAAAGUGAUCCAUCUGUCCUGUAAAAGACGACGUCAUAACUGCUCUAUUCGGAUGCGGGAAAUAAUCGACAUGGAGGAGAGAAAGAUGAAACGUAAAAGCCCAAGGCCGUCCACCAACCAGCCGGCACCUCCGGUCGCGGCCCGCAAAAAUGCCAGCUCCACCAGCAGGAACUUCAGCUUCAACGGAAUGGGCACUCACUCCAGUCAAAAGGCAAAGUAUCGCAGGGGAGUGAGAGACAAACCCAAGCAACAAGGGCAGUCCGGGAAGAGUAACCAAUCUGCUCCCAUCCAGCACUCCUUCCUCACUGAUGUGUCUGAUGUUCAGGAGAUGGAGAGAGGCCUCCUCAGCCUCCUCAAUGACUUCCACUCUGGCAAACUCCAAGCCUUUGGAAACGAGUGUUCCAUUGAUCAGAUGGAGCGUGUUCGGGAGAUGCAGGAGAAACUGGCCAGGUUGCACUUUGACCUCAACGGAGAGGUGGAUGAGAUGCCAGAGGACCAGAAAAAAGUUGCCUCUGACACUAAUAUGGACAAAUUACUACUGAAUCUGGAAGAGUUGAGUUCGUCAAUACAAAAGCUGAAUCUUGCCGAUAGUCAAGACAUCCCCAGAACAGCCAGCGUCUAAUCUGGAGAUUAAACAGUAUUGGGGUUUUAACCAUAUAGAACACUGUGGAAUGAUAAUCCUGUGGAAUGUGUUGACUACGGAUUGUAUGCACUUUAAUAUUAAUGACCAUAUCAAAGAACCAGAACUCUGUAGUCAUAAUCAUAAACGUAGACUCGAUGUUGUGUCUUGUCUGUCAGAAACUUGUGGUGUGUGGUUAUUCAGUGGUAUGUGCCUGUGCCCUGAGAUAUGUCCAGUUGCAAUAAGAGUUUUUAUUAGAGUAAUCCAGUAUUUAUAAAUCUUUAACUAUGCCUUGAGGUUGCACACUGAUGCAGCCAUGUAAAGGACAACCCCCUCAGCAGGUUUUGUCCCUCAACAAACCGCUAAUGUUUCACUAGUGUCUGUAAUUGGUGUUAUAAAGGGUAAGGUAACAGACGACUGUUGAAAACACUGUUAAGAAAUUUAAGACUGCAAACUUACCUUGCCUUAUUCUUGUGUUGUUAUGGAAGAUAUGCAGUUUGGUGUUACAUCUGAGGCUUCUUCGAUUGUAAUUCUUUUGUAUUAUAUUUCUUCUCAGAUUUGCUUUAUCUUAUUUUGCAGAAUUGCGUAAUCUUUAAUUUGAUCAGAACUGGUUUGUAAAACUGGGGCGUGCGUGUGUGAGGUUUUGGGUGUUUUUUUUUGUUUUGUUUUGUUUUUUUGGAUCAAUAAAAGUCUGUUCGACUGAGUA